AUGGCUUUAGAUUCAGAUACUGAUAGUGUGCAGUCAGACAUUGACAGUGAUGAUCUUUGCUGUGUAUGCAACAGGUUCACACCAGAAGAAAUAUCUAGGAGCACAUCAGUCAUCUUUGUAAAAUGGGCAAAAUGUGACGGGGUGAAAAAUGAAUUUCAUAAACAAUUGGCUGGAAUUGAGGAACGUACUUUUGUUUGCAGGAAGGGCUUUCAUGCACUAAACAUACAUGCAGUAUGUGAUUCAGAGCUGAGGUUAACGAAUAUUGUUGUAAGAUGGCCAGGCUUAACCCAUGAUGCUUUCAUUCUUAGCAACUCAUGCUUACAAAAUACCAUGGACAAAACAAAUGGCUGGUUACUUGGUGACUCUAGAUAUCCCCUGACGAAAUGGCUUAUAACACCAGUAUCAAACCCCAGUAACCAGCAAGAGGUCAACUUCAAUCUAGCCCACACCCAAACAAGAAACACUGUAGAGAGAGCUUUUGGUGUGUUGAAAAGCAGAUUCAGAUGUAUGCACAAAACUGGAGGAAGCCUUCAAUUUACUCCAACAAAGUGUUUGAAGAUAGUAGAAGCUUGUUUCAAACUUCACAACCAGGCACUGAAGGACAAACUUCCAGCAGAAGUGAACAAUUUUGUUAAUAUUUAUCAUAAUGAUGACAUUUAUGUUCAACAGGGCAACCAAACUGAAGGGCAAGCAAUUCGACAGAGGCUCAUUCAACGAUUUUAAAGAUUGUCAACUAGAAUCAAAAUAAUGUACUUAACAAUGUUCUUUAUAAUUUACAUCACAUUGUUCCACAUUUUGACAGAAAUUUGUAAUCUCAAGUGAAUAUGAUAUUGAAUUUUGUUUGUUUGGAUUUUUACGGCACGUCAACACAUAACUGGCCAUAUCGUGCCGAAUGCUAUAAUAGGCUUAAAAUGUUAUGUUAAACUUUGUGAAUGACAAUAGAAAUGAACCAAUUAGAUCCAAGAAUACAAGUUUAUCUCUUUCAAAUAAU